AUGAGUAUUAUGGGUGUAAAUGUGCAAAUGGAGAAAAAUCUAUCUAUUUCUGUCCUCCUCGAAAAAAAAGAGAUAGAUAUAGACUGUCUAAUGAUGAAUAAUAAUACAACAACAACAACAAUGAAUAGUAGUAGUAGUAAUAAUAGUAGUAAUAGUACAGGAUAUGGACAUAGUCGUAGUAAUAGUUGUACUGGAAUUGUCAAUGGAGAUACACAUAAUUAUUCAUCAGAUUAUUUAUUGUCCAAUGCAAAGAAAACUAAUUUGGUCAAUGACAAGGGCGAGAGAAUAUUCAAACGUAUAUUGGUUGCAUCCAAUGCUUUACCAGUGUUGGUCAGUACCAGUCAUCUUGGUGAUUCACCAGGAGGCAUACCAGGUGAAAAGAGAGAUACCAUUAGAUCAAGUGGCUACGGUGCAUUCAAUCCUCUUAGAAACAGUGGUUGUUUUCGUGGAAGUGGUGGUAUAGUUCGUGGCAAUAAUACUCCUCAAGGAGGAGGAGGAGGAGGUGAUGGUACCGUUCCAACUUCAUUUUCACUUCCAAACUCUCCUCCAAAUGAUCAAUUUCCAAAUUAUCAAGUUAAAGUAACACAUGAAACUUCUCCCAUUGAAUCUGCUUUGGAAAGUUUAGUUGAUAAUGAGAUUAAAGAUUAUUUAUGGAUUGGAUGGCCACAUUGUGAAGUGACAGAAGAUAAUGUAGAUCAGGUUGAAAGUGAAAUUAAAAAGGCAGGAUCCAACUUGUUCCCAAUCUUUUUGGAUGAGACCAAUGUUGACAAUUAUUACAAGGGGUAUUGCAAGAUUGGACUGUGGCCAUUGAUUCAUUACCAAUUGAAUUUUGUUCGUUUAGAGACACAAUGGUGGGAUUCCUACGUACAAGUAAACCAAUUGUUUUGUGACAAGAUUGUAGAGUUGUAUCGUCCAGGUGAUGUCAUUUGGGUACACGAUUAUCAUUUAAUGUUGUUACCAGCAAUGGUUAAAAAGGCACUCGGUAACAAAGUUUCAAUUGGUUUCUUCUUUCAUGCUCCAUUUCCAAGUUAUGAAUUAUUUAGAAUUUUACCAAAUAGAACUGAAUUAUUACAAGGUAUAUUAGGAUCAAAUUUAAUUGGAUUUCAAUCAUUUGAAUAUUUGAGACAUUUUAAAAGUUCAUGUGCAAGAUUAUUGGAUUUACAAGUCGAUCCAAAAGGUAUAGAGGUGAUUGGUGAGAAUGUAUCACCACAUUUUGUAAAGUUACAAGUGUAUCCUAUCGGCGUUGAUUUCUCAGACUAUGCAAGCUACCUCGAGACACCAAGUGUCCUCGAACGUAUUCAAAAGUUGAGAGAGAUAUUCAAAGACAAAAAGGUUAUUUUUGCUCGUGACAAAUUGGAUUCUAUCGAAGGUGUCCCAAGAAAGCUUCAAGUACUCGAGAAUCUACUAGAAAACUAUCCAGAAUGGAGAGAAAAGUUGGUACUCAUUCAAAUCUAUGAACCAGUCAUGGAACAAUAUAGUGAAUCAUCUGAACAAAAAACUUUCCAUAAAUCUGUAAACGAAAUGGUUGGUAGAAUAAAUGGUAAAUAUGGAACAUUAAAUUAUAAUCCAAUAGAAUAUAUCAAUAGAAAGGUAGGGAUUGAGGAGUUGACGGCAUUGUAUAGAUUGGCAGAUAUGGCAUUGAUUACACCACUUCGUGAUGGAAUGAAUUUGACAUCACACGAGUAUGUGGUGUGUCAAAAGGAUAGUUUUGGCGUGUUGGUAUUGUCCGAGUUUACGGGUGCUGCUAGAUGUCUGGGUGGAGCUAUCAUUGUCAAUCCAUUUUCUGAAAAGGAGAUUACAAUGUCGGUGAUUGAGGCACUCAACAUGCCAAUGGAAGAGAGAAGGCUUAAGCACUCGAUCAACUACAACUAUGUGAUGGCCAACACAUCCCACUUUUGGGCCAAACGUUAUCUAUGUGAUCUAUACGAGACGGUCAAGGACGACCCGACCACAACGAUGGUACCACAGAUCAACCCAGAUAUGAUCAAAAAGUGUUAUGUGGCAGCCAACAUGCGCCACUUUUUCCUCGACUAUGACGGCACGCUCACACCCCUUGUCAAACACCCCAAAAUGGCUGCACCCACCAAAGAGCUGCUCGACACGCUCGAGCGUCUCACCAAGGAUCCGCGCAACCAGGUUGCUGGCGUCAUUGAGCAAGAAGAGAAUGGUCAAAAUGACAAGAUUAUGCAACAAAGAAUCCUCGAGAAUGAACAAAAACUAAAAGGAGUUGGAUUGAAAUGUUUUACCGUCAAGGUAUUGGCCGAAGGUGGAAAAGAUCAAUUAAAUACCUAUGCCAAAUCCCUCAUUGAUAGUCCACUAGAUGUUGUUCAUUUAUUAAAUACUUUAUCAAAAUUAAAUAUUUAA